AAAUGAGUGAUAAAAAGGAAGUGAGAGUUAAACGUGGUAUUUCGCCAAAGUAUGAACCGAACGAUCUGAUAAGAAACAGUAAAUUGUAGUGAACACUACAAACAGUUAAAUGCAACACAUACAAGUUCCGUUGAUCUGGACAUGGCCCAAGGAAAAUUAAAAGUGAAAGCUAAAGUGCCAUCGACGGUAAAAGGAAAAAAUAAGAACAAAAAGAGUUCUGGUAUUCAAAGACGAAAUAAUGCACCUAUUCAACCUAAAAAGAAGAAAUUUGAAGAAACACAUAAGUUAAAACAAAUGAUUUCAAAAUCAGUUAACAAAGCAAUGGAAGAUGAAUUGAGAGAAAAAGCUUUGGAAGGAAAAAGAUCACUUACUAGAAAGGAAGCAGUUACCUUGAAAAAGAAAUAAUUUAUAGUAUUAUUUUAAGAUUGAUACUAAAAGAGACUAUUCUUUAUUUUACUGAAAUAAUAAAUGUAAUAUAAAUAAAGAUUUGUAUUGUAAAAUGAACAAUACAAUGAUACAAAACAAUACAAAGAAUAAAAAUAAAUAAGCAAACCAUUUCAA